CCGGUCGGCUGCGCCAUUUUGCUGAGAGAAACGCCGUAUAUCGCGCUGUGUCUAAAAUCUGGUGUGCGUGCGCAGGAUAGAUAGAGAGACUCAUAAUUUAGCAUUAACUGUUUUAUUCUUGUAACCUGUAAGCAUGUCAGACUCGUCUGCGGCAGACGUGGGACCCGUAGAGCCGGGGGUCCGUAAGUUAUCCGAGCUGAGAGUCAUCGAUCUAAAGGCCGAGCUCAAACGCCGAAACCUCGACAUCAGCGGUAAUAAGAGCCUGCUUUCAGAGAGACUCAAAAAGGCAAUCGAGGAAGAAGGCGGUAAUCCCGAUGAAAUUAUUGUACACCUGGAGAUAACCCCUAAAAAGGCUCCUCGACGAACUUCAAAAGGUAAAAAGCAAGACGGUGAUGAAACUGAAGAUUGCACUCUUGAGGAAGACUCGGUUGACGGCCAGGCCUCUAAUGACGACCCGGACGGCAUCCCAGAGAAUAUUCACGACAUGGACAUCAUGGACAUGAACAUUCUGGAUGAAGCCGAUAUGGGAAACGGAGGCAGUGCUGAUGGAGAAGAAUAUGAAGAACUUCAAGACACAGUAGCGGAUGAAGAAAAUGCGGACGCCCUGAGGGAAGAGUCCACAAAUAACCAUGACGCUGAGGAAGCCAGCGAUGCUCUCGUGAGCAAAUCUGAGAUGGAGGAGGAAAUGGAGGCAAAUGACACAGAGAUUCAGGAAACAGAUUGUCAGGAGGAUAACGGUGAGGAUGAGCCUGAUGAUACGAAGAGCGAGAAAGAAAGUGAGAAAGUAGCGGAGUCUUGUAUAUCAGAGCAGCUUAAGGAAGACUCCACUGAAGAGCCGACUGAAGACGAGAAAUCUUCAGUCUGCGAUAUUCACAAAGAGGAAGACAUUGUGCUUGCCAACGCCGAGGAGGCCGGCAAAUCGGAAGCGGAACCAACGGCCUGCGAAGCGGACGUUGACUCAUCGAAACAAAGUGAAGACGAAUCUUCGAGCAAAGACAUUAAAAACAUUGAGGACAAUUUGGUGGACAAUUUGGUGGACACUGAGAGCACUUCCGCUCAGGUCGCUAAUGCUAGCGAAACAAGUUCGCGCGAUAUUGAAAGCGCGGUCGAAACGGAAAAGGCGUCAAACGAAGAGGUCGAGGAAUGCACGAAGACUGAACCGGCUGAAGUGAAAGAGUCCUCUGUUCAGGGUGAUGAUCAGAAAAUGAGUGGUGAUGAGGAUAAAGCGAGCAAAUCUGAAUCGAAAGAUGAUAAAGGUGGCGCUGCUGCUGGUGGACGAAACCUUUGGGUCAGUGGACUCUCUUCAACCACCAGAGCGACAGAUCUGAAAAACCUGUUUAGCAAAUAUGGCAAGGUGGUUGGCGCUAAAGUUGUAACAAACGCCCGAAGCCCCGGAGCUCGCUGCUAUGGAUUUGUCACGAUGUGUUCAACCGAAGAAGCCACUAAAUGCAUCAACCAUCUGCACAGAACCGAACUGCAUGGCAGAAUGAUUUCUGUUGAACGAGCUAAAAAUGAACCAGCUGGAAAGAAGCCCGCUGACAAAAGUGACACCAAGAAGUCUGGCAGUGACAGAAGGCACUCCACGGACUCUAAAACUGAGAAGUCCGAGAACAAAGAUGAAAAGGCUGAAGGCUCUGAUGGCAAAGAAGGUGGAGAGAGGACAGUUGUCAUGGACAAGUCAAAAGGAGAACCGGUCAUCAGCGUGAAGACCAAAAGCAAAGAACGAAGCACCAAGAGUCGCGACCGUGCGUCCUCUAGCAAAGAAAGGAAGGACAUUUUGUCCUUCGACCAGAUCAAAGAGCAGAGAGAAAGAGAGCGCCAAAGGCAGAGGGAGCGAGAGAUCAGAGAGGUGGAGAGACGCAGACACUCUGGUGACCGAGACCGUGACAGCCGUAUGGAGCGCGAGCGCAUCCGUAUUUUCCGGGAGCGGGAGGAGAAGGAAAGACUGCUGAGGAAGCGCAACUGGCUGGAAGUAGAGAAACAGCGAUUGGAUGCAGACCGCAUGGAGCGCGAGUUCCUGGAACGCGAGCGCCUUCGCGUGGAGUUCGAGCGCCGGCGUGAACAAGAGCGCAUUCAUCGAGAGAGGGAGGAGCUGCGACGACAGCAGGAACAGCUGCGUUUUGAACAGGACAGACGUCCCCUUAAGAGGCCUUACGAUAUGGAUGGCAGGAAGGAUGACUGGCAGGGGAAGAGAAUGUCCAUGGAUGAUCGCUUUGGACGGCAAGAUCGCUACCAGGACUUUGACCACAGGGAUCGCAGCCGCUAUCAGAUGGCAAACAGGAGAGACAACAGGGGAGGAGACAACCAGCACUUCUCAGAUCGCGACAGACACGGCAGAGACAAUCGUGAUAACUGGGGUGGCGGAUUUGACAAACGUGGAAUGAAUCCUUCGAGGCCCAUAUCUGGCAGUCGUGACAGCAGAGACUGGGACCCUGGGCGUAAGAUGGACGGAGACCGAAACUGGCAAGGUGGCGACCGAGGAACAGGACAGGGCCACAUGGGACGGGGAGGAAUAGCAAGUCGUGGCGGAUACAUAGCGGCAGGAACGUCCCAGUCGCUGUCCGGACCCUUAAACAGACCAAAUCAGAUGAUGCAGGGCAGUGGAUUGCAAGGGGGCGGAGCCUUCGGUCGACGCUACUAACUUAUAACCUCAUUAAUUUUGUCUGUCAUCCGUGCGCGUUUACGUUGCAGCUUGUACAUUGCCGAUCAAGCUUUGUAAUUGUAUUUUUAAAGUCUGCCUUUUUUCAUAGUGUAAAGACGAACGGAAAAUUAAUUGCAUUGUGUAAAGAUUGAGAUUUUAUUUUGAACUUUUUCGCCCCUCCCUCUUUAUUCCACAAGAUUUUAGUCUCUCUUUCUUUUUGGUAUUACACUCUGUUAAUGCUCAGGAAUGUGCAGCUAAAACAAAAUCUUGCUGUUAAAACCAGACUUGAUGUUCAGUUCUUUUCGAUGUGUUUCAAUAAAAUGAUUGUGGAGUUUU